UGUUUUGGUUUUUACUCUUCCUCUUUAAUUUUGUUUUACUUCUUCGGUAUAAAAUAGAAAUUUGAGGAAAAAAUGGAAAUUGAUCGAGAAAUAUUCGAUGCAGUUUACAAAUUACUUGAAGCGCAAGGACUCACGCAACAGUGGAAGGCACAAAUACGCACAGAAGUGAUAAAUACGAUUGAGAAUGAGCAGAAAAUUGCUGCAGACGCACCAACGCCGAAGAACUAUCAGAGAUUGCGUAAAAUGUACAAAACACCGGCAGCUAGGCUUGCAUUUGAUCUUAUCUUUGAACUCCUGGACAAUCUAACACUCACCUAUACAGAAUCCGUUCUCAAAGCAGAAACCGACGUGGAGGAUGGAACAGCCAAGUCACGGAGGGAUUUGUUUGACGCUUUUGAGAAUCUCCACGAUGACGACGACGAUGCGCCGGUUCUUGUUCAACUUGUGCGGAAGUAUAUGAAGGAUGAGACGAGUCAGAGUAGUCAGCAGGAUGUUCAGGAGAGUAGUCAAACUACACAGACCUAUGAAGGAUCGGAGACUUUUGUAAAUUCUACACAGGAAAGCGUCGAGGACGCAAAAACACCCGAAAAGGUGCUACAGGAACAUCAAAAUGAGACGUAUGUUGUAACAACACCAACAAUUGAUCAAAGUGAAUCAUCGGAAAUCCAGGAAGAUGUGCAAGAAUCCUUGCCAAGUACUGAAAAGUAAUUUUGUAGAUUUUUUAACAACAAAUAAACUUACGAAUAAGCAUCGUUUGGAUGCUAAUUUUUUAAAAAAUA